CCAUUCAAAUGGGUAGUGGAGCGGCGGCGAGUCCGGCGAGGUGAAGCACAGUGGAGGAGGAACUGGGAAGCGGAGAGCAGGGCUGCGUGUUUCCGUCUCAUAUGAGUGCAGAGCCUCCAGCGUGAAGCAUGCGGACAGGACUAGGAAAACUACUGCUUUUACACGUGUUCCUCAUGGAGACUUUCUACUCUAAAGGGAGUGAGACAGCUUGUGAAACGGGCCAGUUCCGGUGUAGAAACGGCAGGUGUAUUCCCACACCGUGGCGAUGCGACGACGACGACGACUGCUCGGACAACAGCGACGAGGAGCACUGCCUGAAGACCACAUGCUCUUCGGCAGACUUUACCUGUAAGAACGGACAGUGUGUGCCAGCUCGCUGGAAGUGUGACGGAGAGCCUGAAUGUCUAGAUGGAUCUGACGAGGAUGAAUCUACCUGCAGUCGGCAGACAUGUCCACCUGAGAAGUUUGACUGUGGUGGCAACACAAACAAAUGUGUGUCUCUGUCCUGGCGCUGUGACGGAGAGACAGAUUGUGAAAAUGGAGCGGAUGAGGAACACUGUGCUGCUGAUGCGAAGGUUUGUCCGCCGAAAGAGUUCCAGUGCCGGAACGGCAUGUGUGUGGCCCCCAGCUUCAUCUGUGAUGGUGAUGAUGACUGUGGAGAUAACAGCGAUGAAGAGAAGUGCACUUCAAGCACAGCCAGCACAUGCAGCCCUCAGGAGUUCCGCUGUAACAACUCUGAGUGUAUCCCAGCUCUGUGGAGCUGCGACGGCGACCCUGACUGCAGAGAUAAAUCAGACGAGUCGGUGGAGCGCUGUACCAGCAGGAACGAGCCGCAGAAGCCAAGCUGCCUGGCUGGAGAGUUCCAGUGUGGCAGCGGAGAGUGCGUGCAUCUCAACUGGAAAUGUGACGGGGACCCAGACUGCAAGGACAAGUCCGAUGAGACAAACUGUCCUCUGCUUACCUGCAGGCCGGAUCAGUUUCAGUGUGGCGAUGGCUCCUGCAUUCACGGCACUAAGCAGUGUAACCGUGUGCACGAUUGUCCAGACUUCAGUGAUGAAGCAGGCUGUAUCAACAAGACUACUAAAUGUGACGGGCCGCUGAAGUUCAUGUGUAAUAACGGAGAGUGUAUUGACAGCAACAGGGUGUGUGACAACGUCAAGGACUGUAAGGACUGGUCAGACGAGCCUAUGAAGCAGUGUGGCCUCAAUGAAUGUGCCAAUAACAAUGGCGGCUGCUCUCACAUAUGCAGGGACCGGCGGAUAGGCUACGAGUGCGAUUGUCCCUCAGGUUACACACUGCUGGAUCAGAGGACUUGUGGAGACAUAGACGAAUGUGAGAACCCAGACACCUGCAGUCAAAUUUGCAUCAACUACAAAGGUGACUACAAGUGUGAAUGCUAUGAGGGUUACGAAAUGGAUCCAGUUUCCAACACGUGCAAGGCUGUUGGACAAAGUCCAUACCUGAUUUUCACCAACCGGCAUGAGAUCCGGCGGAUUGACCUGGUGAGAAGGGACUACACGCAGGUGGCGCCCACCCUAAAAAACGCUGUGGCAUUGGACGUGGACGUCACCACAAACAAGAUGUACUGGUGUGACCUUUUCCAUCGCAAGAUUUUCAGCGCGUAUAUCAACAAAGCCAGUAACUCAUCUGAGCAGGUCACGCUCAUCGAUUCAGCACUACAUUCUCCAGAAGGCAUAGCUGUGGAUUGGGUCCAUAAUAACAUCUACUGGACUGACUCCGGACACAAAACCAUCUCCGUUGCCACUGCUGAUGGCAGAAAGAGAAAAGUGUUGGUUGACAGUGAGCUGAGUGAACCAAGGGCGAUUGCUCUUGAUCCCAGACAAGGGUUCAUGUACUGGUCAGACUGGGGCAUGCAGGCGAAAAUUGAGAAGGCUGGGCUGAAUGGUGUGGACCGCCAAGUGCUGGUCUCCGAGCAGAUUGAAUGGCCUAAUGGGAUUACUUUAGAUUUGUCCAGCAGACGUCUGUACUGGGUAGACUCCAAACUCCACCUCAUCUCCAGCGUGGACCUGAACGGAGAUAAUCGCAGGAUUCUGCUCUCGUCUACAGAGCACCUGGGCCAUCCGUUCGCCCUCACGCUGUUCGAGGACCGAGUAUAUUGGACAGAUCUGGAGGAUGAGGCUAUCUACAGUGUGAACCAGCUAACAGGCCACGAUAUAUCCAUGCUGGCGCAGCACCUGAACAGCCCGCUGGACGUGGUGGUGUUCCAUGAGCUCCGGCAGCCCAAAGCUCCAGACAGCUGUAAUAUGGGGAGUUUGCCCAACGGAGGCUGUGAGUACCUGUGUCUGAGAGCUCCACAGAUCACAGAGCACUCACCCAAAUACACGUGCGCCUGUCCUGAUGACGCUGAGCUCGGCCCAGACAUGCGCCGCUGUGUCACAGUACCAAAGCCCAAGACUACAACAACUACACCCUCUAUGACUACAACAGCAGAGGCUUCUACACCUUCCUCACCACCAUCGACCACUCCAACAUCGACAACUACCACCAGUACGACGUCAUCAACUCCAACUGCAACAACUGCUUCAAGCACGACCGCUCCUUCUACAACACACAGCACCACAGCUUUAUCUCUGUUAACCACACCACCUUCCACCACCGUGUAUUCAACUCCAUCACCAUCUUCCAUGAAAAGCAGCACUCAGAGCAGCACCACCCCACACCGGCAACAUCCUAUCUCCACCCAGAAUGCAACAGACAGCAGCCAAACACCCAGAUCUACCACCGUCUCUCAAAAAGACAGACCAAACAGCGGGGACAGCAACCUCUCACACCGUGCUGCGGGUGGACACUUCCUCCUAGCGAACAACAUCACUGUGGCAGUUCUGGGUGUGGUCAUCCCUAUAGUUCCUAUCCUUGCCACAGUGGUCCUCACCCUGGCGUGCACCGGAGGCUACCUGGUCUGGCGCAACUGGAGGCGGCGCAACACCAAGAGCAUGAACUUCGACAACCCAGUGUACCGCAAGACCACCGAGGAAGACGACGAUGAGAUCCACAUUGGCCACAGCGAACAGAUCGGCCACAUCUACCCAGCCCGCGUGGCGCUCAGUGUGGAAGAUGACGGAUUACCCUGAGGUUGUUUUCUCCUCCCCUCCCUCUCUCCAUCCCUGUGUCCAUCCAUCCACUUGUUUGGGGCCCUUGGUCUGGUGGGGAGACUGCAGCACUGCACAGCGAGGCACAGAGAGAGCAGGACACACACAUACACACACACACACACACACUCGCUGUCUGUGGUGCAAGUGCUAUGUGACACACAGGAAUUUUGCUUUAGAAGCUGUGUAGUUCCUCUCAUUGAUGAGAUACUAACACUAACCUGUAUGUCUUUUAGCUCUACUCUUUAUUACUGCAUCUCCAGCAGGAACCCUAGUAAUCGUUCCCCUUUAAUAAUGACUAACUUUAUAGAACGCUGCUUCAUUAAGUAGAUGCUGAGUCAUUAUAUUACUGGUGUAAACUUGCAAAGUGUGUGGGCUGCAGGGGCAGGAGUGUGUGUGUGUCUGUGGGUCUGUGUGUGUGUGUUUGUGUGUGUGCGUCUGUGGGUUGGUGUGGGUGUGGUGUGUGUGUGUGAGAGAGAGAGACAGUGACUGAUCUGCUUUGUUAGCACUGGACCAUUUUAAGAUGAAGAUUUUUUGUGGAAAUAAUUGAUCCUUACACACUGUAAAUUUCUGAUGCAACACUACAGUAUAUUAUUUGAUGUCUGCAGGCAGGACUUAGAUGAAAUAAGAAAGGAAUUAUGCUGUAUUAAAAAAACAGUAAAUAAGACAUAAAUGGUCAUGUCAUUCCUUGCAGCAGUCUUCUAGCACCACAUCAGCUGUAUUGAGAUGUCUUCCCUAGGUAACGGAGAGUUUUAGGGAUCUGAGGAUUUUAGGAUUUGAGGUUGAAAUUGUAUAUGUGUCUUUAGAACACCAACAACAGGGCUUCCAUGUCCAAAAGCCUGUCUCUCCUGCGUUCUUACCGGUCGCAUCGUCAUCAACGUACACUGACAAAUGUACACUUUCCUGUUCCUGCUCCUGAGGUUUAUGCUGCUCUCCACUUUGGUGUACACUCUCAGAUCAUUUAGCGUUCCUUGUUGCUGGGAUGGUUGCCUCAAUUGCAGGGGCGUGGGAAUGUGUUUUACUUGGGGGUGUUGGAAUUCAAGCAACAUACAUGUGGCAAGUGCUAUGACAUCACACCCAAUAGUCAAUCAUAUGUGUUGCUUAUAAUACAAUAUAUUAUACCACAGCUUGGUUAAAUUCUUGAAUCAGAAGUUGAUUAAUCUUCUAUAACAGCACAGGUGUGAAUAUUUACAACUCUAUCGUAAAUGAUAGGUUUAUAUAAAUGUGCUUGUUCUAAUAUAUUACUGUUCCUGUAACAGCUCAUUCACAGGGACUUGUGUGACUUGAUUACAUAAUCUAAGCCUAAUGAUAAAUGGAUUAAAACCAUAACAAAGAAAAGCAUAUAAUCGUUGAUAUGGUGAAGUUUUCUGUUUGGAGACGUUUAUUUAACAUUUAUGGAAAAGUCAGUAAAUGUAAAAUUUUGUAAAAGUCAGUAAGUUUCGAAGCAUAGGAGUUACUUCUUGUUAUCUCUUACAUUAUAGCAGGUAUAUACGGUCAUUCCCUCUCUUUCUCUCUCUAUCUUUAAGUUAAUGAGACCAAAAAUGCAGCUUGUCAUGUUACAGAGAAACUAGAAAGUGCAAAGUACUCUUUUUGGACUUUCCAUAACAUUGAAUGUAACUAUAAACAAUUAAAAAGUGCAAUGUGUGGUGCAUUAAUAAAUUUAAAAAUCAUUGGAAAAAUCACUUUGGUGUGAAAAGGAUUAGACAACAGUUAGUUCCAGUCUAUUAAUUUGAUUGGUCAAGUGGUGUUCCAAAAGUGCUUAUGUUUCCUAUAACCGCACUGGGACAUUUCACUGUGUGUAUCACUCCGCUCGUCUGUGUUCACUACAUAAAAUUCCACUUCCUAGUUCGAAACGGUUACUACAGUAGUGUUAGCGCCAUCAUCAGUGGACACGGCAAACGAUGCAUUUUUCAUAAAUAUAAUUUUUGUCUUAAAAUAUGAAAGCUGAUCAGUUGAAGAUGAAAAGUAGAGAAGGGAUGCCAAUUUUAAGGGAAGAACCUUUAAUGAGAAUGUACAAAUAAUUGUGAGCUAGUUAGCCAGCUAGCCGAUGUGCUAAAAAGUGAGUGUGGCUUCUUUGGGGUCUAUUUCCGCGAGCGGAGUAGAACUAAACAGAACAUUUGGCCAUGUUGUGUCUGAAAUGUCACUUACUCAAUAUUAAUUACUUGUUUAUAAAACUGUUGUAUAAAAGCAAUAUUGCAGAACUGUGAUUAGCUGCGGCACUCAGCCUGCGCACUUGUGCCUACAGCCAAAUCACAGCCGUGCUGAUAUUCAGUAUAACUGCACUCUUGCUCGUGUGAUAUUGCUUAAUUCUAUUUACGCCAUACAAACCCAAAAACUACGCUAAACACUCAAUUAUAAAGGUUUUUAAGCAUUUUUUUUUUGUUUCUUUAUCUAUAUUAUUAUUAUUAUUAUUAUUAUUAUUAUUAUUAACAGUUGCAGCACUUUAUGAAAAUGACUCUCAGCACCACCACUUCCACGUCCUUGCUCAGUGAGAAAUCUUUUGUACCUUUAGUAUGUGUCUUAUGCUUGGAAACAUGGAUUUAGUCUUUUAAGGCACAUAAAUGGAGCAUAAUUAGUUUUUAGAAAAACACAUUAAAAAACUGUAAAGCAUUAAAGGUAUACUAUAUACACCUUUCUAGCUAAAAGACAGGCUAACAUAUUAAAAGUACCCUUAAAGAUACCAACCCAGUGACAAGGAAAAGUUUUUUCUGAGAGUGUAUGAUUUUUACCUGUUGUUCGUUGACUUUUUUUGUGCUCUUUGUGUGAUUCAUAGCAGAAAUAUAUCGGUUUUUUCUUCAGACAAUGUAGGUUUUGUUUCUUCAUUCUGCGUCGCUUGUUAUAGUCACGAUGUCAGCUUGCUUUCCCUGAGUAGUGAAGCUCAGGGGAAAGUUAGCUAGUUAGCCAGCUAUGAACUGAGAAUUUGUGGUGUAUUAGGUUUUACAUAAUGUCCAGUGAGUAAACAUAUACAAUAUAUGAACAUAUACAGAGCAGCUGAGAGGGGAAAAAAAAUAAAACUGAACAGGAUGGAGGUAUGCCAUGUUAGAUAAGGUCAUGUCCUGACCUGACUUCAUGCUGGAUUUCAUUCAUGCUGUGCUUGUCUUAGAUCACUGACAUAUAAAAACAAAUGAAAUCUGAGUUACAUGCCCAGUAAUCAGAUUUAAAACCACAUACGACCGUGAAUUCCUUUCUUGUUCCAAAAUGAAAAUGGGAAAACAAGCAAAGAGCUUUUUGUUUUAUUUUUGUAAUUCCUGGCACACAAUAAAUUCAAUAAAAUUAUUUUGAAUAAUAUAUUGGCAUAUUUUAAUUAUUUCUUAAUUAUUUCUACCACUGAAUUCAUGGCCACUGAAAGACAUUUCAGUGUGAACAGAGUCGACCUGGAAGUACAUGUAGGCUCCAGACCAUACAGGCUUUAUUCUGUUUAUAUACAUACAUACAUAUAUAUAUGUGUGUGUGUAUGUAUGUAUGUAUGUAUGUAUAAAAUAUUCUUUAUAUUGCAACACCUGGAAAAUCCUGCUGAUUUUAUUGAGGAGAAAUAUGAGAUUUUUGUAAUAUUUAUUGUUUAUUUAUUGUUAUAACAAUUUGUAAUAUCUUUUUUUUUAUGAUCUGGUUUUAGACCAGAUCUUUUUUGAACGUCUAAUUUCUUUUUUUUUUUUUUUUAAUUUUGAAACAAAAAAAAACCUUGAAUGUCUGAUUUUGAGAUCUUUCCUGCUGAAAUCAGAUUUGAGAGAGCUGAUUCCUCCAGUAUCUGUUGUAUAUAACCUACUGAAGAUGGCACAGUUAACCACGUUGACUGUUAAUGUCUGAGAGAUUAAUUGUAGAUCACAGUGCACUAUCAAAUAUUCAUGAGAUCGUUGGUGGACAUGGCAGUAGAAAAUGUUGAGUUGAUCUGAGCACGUGGGCUUCCUGCACAUAUCCGGGUCCAGAUUAAUGAGUCCAGAUUACUAGAUUAAUGAGCGCUCGUUUAUUUCUGUAACACUCGUCCCUGCAUGACCCAGGAUCACGAGUUGUACAUACAGAAAUAGCUCUAUAUUCAAUUCAGAUUUAUUUUUGUAUAACAGUUUUUGACGUCAGAGAUUUAAGACAAGAAGCGCAUGAGAAAAAAAAACAGCAUGAGGUCAGGAGAUGAUCCAGGUUUCAUUACAAGAGGAAUUUUUGCUAACUGCCCAAGUGACUGAUGCCAGUUGUUGAAAUUCACAUACAUGGGAGUGACUUGGGAUGUCACACACUAGUAUGAGGUAUAAACCUAAAACAUAGACCAGCAAUCCAUCAAAAAUCUCAGAGGAGAUGAACUGAAGAAGAUCUUUUUCCUGACAAUACCCCCCACUUUGUACUGUGAUUAAUCCCAAAUCCUGCUCUAGUAGGAUUGUGAAAAAUGGAAAUGGCAUAACCAUAACCGUGACCAUGACAGACACCCUCUCAUGAUACUGUUCCAUUAGCUGAAAACUACUGCUUACAUGAAUAUCACAUGGCAUCAAUCAACUAUCUUACUUCCUUUCUUUUGAAAUAAGUUGGCAUUUUUUGUUAAACAUUAAAAAAAAGAGUAGACAUUUUCUAAAUCUAAGCUGCUUUUAAAUAACCUGACUAGCAAAAACAGGCUGUUUUUUAUUAGAUAAGCUAGCUGGCUAGUAGGAUUGUAACUGGAGUAACUAGUAGGAUUGUAACUGGAGUAACUAGCAGGAUUGUAGUUGGAGUAGCCGAACCUAGCUAGUAGGCUAGUUAGUUAGUACGGCUCUAUAAAAUGUCUUUUAUAGUCUUAGUGUGGAAUCCCAUCUUUAUUUUAUUUAUCACUGCAGUAGCUAAACAUUUCUUGCAUAAUUCAACUUGGAUAGAGACCUCAAGGACCUUUUUUUUGUAAGAGGGACCACAACGGCUAAUCAGCAAGUAAGAACCGUGGAAAAUCUGACACAAUUUGACUAUGAUAUUCUGAAGAAAAAAAAAAACGCUUUUAAUUGUGGCGUAACUGCUGAGAGGUAAUUGUGGUGUAACUGCUGAGAGGUAAUAUUUUGCUGCUGGUGUUGAAUCAGAAGUGCUGGUAGGCAUUUAGAUUUGAUAAUGCAUUUUAUUUCAUGACAUGGAAGCAAAGUGUGAGAAACAAGUGGCUUAGUGUAAUGUAGAGCUUGUACAGCUUAUUCAGUAAAUUAAACAUUAAUUUCAGACAUUUUGUGGCUACAUCAAGAUGUGUUUUGUGCUGUAUGUUUCCUUAAAUGUGAGACCCCGUGUCCACAUGUGAGACUAGAAUUUCACACUAUUUUUACAUAAGAACUGUUGCAGUAGUGAAAAAUGCUCCACUGGUCAAUCUUAUGUACAUGAUACAGAACGAGACGUGGUUCUGUACUCGCACAGAACUCACACAGAACUCGCCCAGAGCUGUGCUUCAUGUCAAGUUUUUGUUUGCACUGCAGAGGUUUUAACACUGAAAGCAAUGAAGUGGUGGUGAUUUUUUUUUUUUUUUUAACAUGUAGGCUUUAUGGACUUCUCCUCACUCUUCCUGAAUCAUACUUCCAAUACAUUUUUUGACAAUAUGUCUAAUGAUUAGAACGAUGUACUUCUAAGAUUUUUACGAAUCUUACACAAGCAAUACAGGGUAAUUUUAUUACUUGUCUUUCUCCAGAUUAGGUCUGGACAUGCUGGUGUUUUUUCUAUGUAUACCUAGUGAUUUGUGGUGGUUUUUAAUAUUUAGAGAUGAGAGCUCUGCACAUUUUGUACGUAGCCUUUACUGCAUUACUACAUCAUUGGGUUUAUCAGGUGCUGCAUUAGAGGUCACUCGUCUUCGUUUAAAGGGAUACUUGGAUUUGAGUUCAGUAAGUAUGUGGCAUGUGGUAGACGAAUACUUAUUUAUUGUUUGGCUGUAUUAAGAACUACACCAAGCAUUUAGAUGUUGACUAAUCCCCAACCUCUCAGUAGACAUCCGUGCUUUCUGUAUUCUUACUCUAUGCAUAUCUAAAGGUAAUCCCUGCCUUCCUGCAGUGCAGUGCAGGGUUGCACCGUGCUGCUCCUUCCUCUCUCUUCAUAUCAUCUCAUCACAUCUCUCACCACUAACAUCAGUUUUUAACCCGUCCUCACUUUUCACUCAUCCUCGAACGGCUGUUUUUGAAAGGGCUAUCUUUUCCCUCAUGUGGAAAACACAUGAGUGGAAGUGGAAGUGGAAGAACGAGCCGGAAGCUGACGUGGAAACGUACGGCACUCCUUCCUCACGGCUGUGCACUCUGAGAGCAGAGCGCCCCCUACUGAUCCCUCCUACAAAGCAGUACUGCUGACUUGCCUGUACGCUGGCUCCCUCUCACCCUUGGUCUUUUGUGAUCUGUGAAUAUAAUGAACUCCAUUUUGAUUUUCCUUGUGAGAUCAUGUACUACUUGAACAAAUGUCCAGACUCAUCUCUUUUUUUUUUUUUUUUUUUUUUUUCCAAUCUUGAUGUACAGUAUCAGGAAGCAGAUAUUUUCUCUCAGGGAACCGUUUCUUUAACGUGUUCCUAAAAACAUUUUCUACACUGUUUGUUGCACAAACUUUUUGAGAAGCCUUCUGCACUGUGUAAAUGAUUACAUAGGGGAAGGGACAAGGGGGUGGGUGGGCUGUCCACUGGGCUCGAAUCAAGAUUUGUAAAUAUCUUUUCAUACGGCAGAACUUUUGAUAAUGUUUUAAACAUUUCUGUAAAAAGAUGUCUAUAUUAGUUUCCUGGAAGCAGAUGAAAGAGUGUAGACCAUAUCUGAAUUUAUCUGUACAGUGAAAGCACUGGAUUUCUUUACUACUUGAUUGUAACUAAAAAUUAAUCAGCCAAAGUGUUUUUUUUUUCUUUUUAUUUGCUGUUUAUUAUAAUUUAAUUAGUCUCUUAACAGUAAAUCAUUGCAGAAGUAGGCAUUGAUUGUGUAUUUAAUUCUAUAUAAUAGAUUAUGUGUUGAAAGAGAGGAUUAUGAGUUUAAUUUAUUGGUGCCUUGUUUGUGUAUAUUUUUCAUUAAUGUUAUUUCCUCUUUUUAUUCCUUCCUCCUGUGUGUAGGGUUUUGUGGGGUGUAGGGUAUUUGGGGUUAACCUAGCAACACUGUACUUACAUGGGAUAUCUGUACUGUAUGCCAAAAUGGUCUCACUCACGUUUCUAUGAAAAACGAGCUGUUGAUAAAUAUCUCUAUAUAUUGAUAUAUUA